GUUUCCUCUUCCAUCAAAAUGAGGCAUAUGGACUCCUUGUCCCAGCUGAUGAUGUGAUUCAAGUCAGUCAGUAAACAUGGAGUGCCAAGGCCCUGGCAGGCAGCGGGUGCCAUGAAGCUGAAUGAGCCCAGUGUGGCCCACUACGCCGUGAGCGGCUCUCCUGCUGACCAUGAGGGUUUCCUGCACCGCUGCAGCAGCCCAGGCCCCCGGCAGCCCUCUGCCCCCAGUGCCAGCGGCUCCUGCCCCCGCUGCUGGUUCGUCCUCAAGGGGAACCUGCUCUUCUAUUUCGAGGCCCGGGAGAGCCGGUCCCCCCUAGGCCUCAUUGUGCUGGAGGGCAGCACCGUGGAGCUGUGUGAGGCCCCCCAGGAGUUUGCCUUUGCCAUCCGCUUCGCCAGUCCCGGUAUGCGGCCUUAUGUGUUGGCGGCUGAGGAUCAGGAGGACCAGGAGGCCUGGGUCAAGGUGCUCUCCAGGGCCAGCUUCGGCUACAUGCGGCUGCUGGUGCAAGAGCUGGAGGGGCAGCUCCGGGAGAUGCAGCUGGGCCUGGCCUCCCGAGCUUCCUGCUCACCCCCCGGGCCUCAGGCUGGGGCUGGCCCCCCGCCUCAUCGGCCACCCCCAGAGCCAGAGGAGGGCUGCCCCGGGCUCGGGGAUGGACUCCCCUUGGCGGAUGCCGAAUGGGAUGAGGGGGGCCCAAGGUUCCCCGCUCCCAGCACCCGUCGGCGCCUGGCAGAGAACUACCCCUGGGGCUCGGCUUGCCUGCCCCUGAAUGGGGGGGACAGUCCUGUGUCCCCAGAGACCUCCUGCUUCUCCAAGCUGCACGACUGGUAUGGCCAGGAGAUCAUUGACCUUCGUAGGGAAUGGCUGCAGGCCAGGGCCCUGGGGGGCGGGCUGUGAAGGGCUCCUGAUCCCAACCUGGCAGUCUGGGGGAGCCCAGAUUAGGAGAUGCUGUCUGUGCCCGCCCCCAGCCCCCAGCUCUAUGUGAAGACCCCUGGGCUCCCUGAGAAAAAAGCCUAGGAUAUGGGGCCCAGGGGCCUCAGAAGAAAGUCAGAAGGGACAGAUGGCUACGGAGUGCCUGGGUGACCUUUGGGGAGUCAUGGCACAGCCUGAGACUCAGUUUCUGUAUUUGUAAAAAUCACCAAGAAGGGGAUCUCUGACAGCCACUAGAUCAUGGCGGCACCCGAAAAAGGAUAAGCAGUGAGCCCAGUGGAUCCAGCUGGCUUCAAGGGUCCACCCUGCCUGACAUCUACCAGCUGGCUGACCCUGGGAGUCGCCAACAUACUGCAGGCACUGGGACCCCCGUUUUACUGAGGAGGCCAAGGAGGCCUGUCUCAGGGUCACUACCUACGCACUGAGGGCAGGGCUGGACUCUGAAUCUUACCACCUAGACCAGGAGAUCGGGGAGACUGAGGCUAGGGAGGGCCGGCCCUGGGCUCUGGCCUUUGGCUAGCUCCUGCCCUCUGCCUCCUGCCAGGCUUUUCCCACUAGUCUGUUCUGCUCCUUGGGGACCUCAAGCAGAGAGAACCCUGGGGGUUCUUGGGUGGAGGAGAUACUGGAAAGGGAAUUCCUUCUCCCUCCUUCCAGAAGGAGAUAAGCAAGGAAGGGACGAGAUAAGGGAAAGACAUUCCUCCCUCCCAGCUGCUGCUGGGUCAGCAGACUGAUCAUGGGACCUCCUGAAAGCUGGGCCUUCCUUCAGGUGCCAUCUAGGCCAAACUCCUAUUUCCCAAGGAGGCUGACUUGCCCAGGGCCACACAGCUGGGCAAUGUCUGCAGGAGGAUCUGGCCUCGGCUGCCCCCCGGCUGCUUGAGCUGCUGGUUCUUAGAGAGGCCCGAGAAGUGGCUGGUAAUGAGGGCCAGAAGGGAGGGUUAGCCAUGAGAGGGACACCCGGGUGGGUGCCCUCCUGGGCAUUCUCAGGAAAAGAUGGCACCGCAGACUCGGGCAUGAAGCCUCAGAAUCCAGGCUAGAGCACCCAGGUCAAGAGGAAGCUUUGAGCCUGACUGGGUGAGGGUGAGGCCCGGGAGGUGCAAAGGGGAAAGGACUGAGCCAGGCCCCCUGGCUAGCAGCUGCCCUCCUGGAGUUUCCUGCGCCCUGAUGUGGGGGGAGGGGCUCCCCAGAUUUGACAACUGGCUGCACAGGACACUCACUGCUGGUGGGGAAGGCAUGCUCCCCAGCUUCCUCGCCCCACUGAGGCAGGAUCCCCUCAAGGAAGCCCCUAACCCCUGGGGCUGAGCGAGGUAGCUAAGCUCUCCUUCACUCACUCUCUGGAGGCAGGCGGUAGCCUAGUGCACAACAUGCUGAGUGCUGAGAUGCAGUGUGUCCCUGGGCAAGUCACCUCCCUGUUGCCUGCCUCAGUUUCCCCAAAUGUAAAAUACAGACAAUAAUAGCCCCUUCUUCCCCAAGGUAGUUGUAAAGAUCAAACGGUCUAUUUAGAAGGGCUGGCCCAUGGCCUGGCACAUAGUAGUGGGUGCUCUAUAAAUGUCCCCCUACCCAGGGGGACCAUAGACUGGGAUGUGAAAAGAUGGCUUCCUUCCAUUAUGAUCAGGGGUGCCCAUAGCUGGCCUUCCUUCUCCAGGACACCUGGUGGGUAGAGACUCGGCCCCCCACUGGAUGCUCCAUAAUACUGGCCUAAUACUGGCCAGGGGGUGGGGGCUGUGACCCAGGGUGGGGGCCCCUGGGUUUUGUCAGGAGGUGCAAACACCCAAUAAAGGCUUUGCCCAUGAA